AUGUCGGACACUCUCUCCGAUGCGGAUAAGAUUCGCAACAAGCGCCUAGCAAAGCUCUCAAACCCCAUCCAGACUUCCGGGGAUGGAGCUUCCGAUUCAGCACAUAGUUCGGCCCAAAGCUCCCCAGCACAAUCGCCCAUGUCCACACAGUCACCGUCAAGCUUUCACAAUGCGCCGGCUCCGCAGCAGUCAGAGGGUAAACGCAUAAAGAUCACACCUUCAGCAUCCACGCCAGAGCGAUCACGUUCCGCAGCCCCAUCUGCCCCUCCUUCCGCCCCAAGUACUCCCCCACCCCAGAAGAUCGAGACCAUCGAGACUUUUGAAGAUCGGACUUUGAGCGCAGUUUUCAGAUUGACACUCAAAGAGGAGGGCCAACGUGAUAUCCAUGGGAAGCGCACAUACUUGCCUGGCCUGCGGAGCGAAUUGCAGAAUGAGGGCCAGGACCUGCGUAUCAAGGUUUCGGCGCUAGACCAGGCCUUGCUGGAGGCUGCAUCAUUGGCUGAGAGACAGCGGCCCUUGGAUUAUUUGUUGCCAUGCUGGAAACGCAUCACGAAGCUGUCCAAGGGUCUGAGGCGUAGCGGAGAUGAUGACCCGAAGUAUCAGAUUUUGGUCGAGGCACGGCGCUUAUGCAUGAGUUAUUGUAUAUUCGCGAUAACCAUGCCCGAGAUGUUUGGGGGUGAAUGGUCCCAGGAUUCAUCGCUAGCAUCUUAUCUGCUUGUCGACCCGGAGGAUGACAAGGGAAUAGAUUUUGAAUUUAUUCAUGAAGCCGUCCGUCGAUUUGACGAGGACGAUACCAUCAAGCCCGCUUUCAUCUCGGCUGUUGAGCAGCUCAGUGCGCAGCUUGCUGAAAAGGACGUCAAUGAUGACUAUAAACCCUACGCUAUUGCUUUGCGGAAUCUUGUCCGCCAUGGAUCAAUUGCGGUAGCAAUCACGGAGUCGGAUCUCUUCAACCACUCCAAAGACCCCGCUCAAUUUGAGAAGGUCACCCUUCUGGGUCCUUGGUUCCGCUUGUCUCCUCUCCAAGCUAACGUGACCAUGACUUAUUUCUCCAGCCCUAAAACCCGUGAUCAGGGUUACAUUUCCAAUGCUCAGCGAUCACUUCGGAUGACACAGCAGAUGCUUAGCUCUGACUUACUCGAUGUCAUUAAUCACCUGAUUCGCGCCUCGAAAGAGGCUCGGGACCGAGUGCUAGACUGGUUUGCUGCUGCGAUGAACAUCAACCAUAAAAGACGUGCCAUGCAGGUUGAUCCCGAACAAGUAUCGUCUGAUGGCUUUAUGUUCAACAUCACAACCUGCCUCGACCAGCUCUGCGAGCCUUUCAUGGACGCGGCCUUUACUAAGAUUGACAGAAUUGAUGCGGAUUAUCUGCACCGAAACUCUCGGGUGGAUAUGCGGGACGAGACUAAGAUUAACGCUGACCAGCAUGCCUCUGAUGCUUUCUACUCAAAGAAGGUGGAUGGAACCUCGAAUUUCAUCACCGAGAUAUUUUUCCUGACGGUUGCCGCGCAUCACUACGGAAGUGAAUCUUUGACUUCUAAGAUGGAGCAGCUCGAGAAGGAUGUGCGACAGAUGGAGUCCACAAUCACUAAAUUCGAACUCGAGCGACACCGUUGGUUAAACAACCCGGUUCAGCUGCGCACAUUCGACCAGGCACUCAAGAAGUAUAAGGACAAGCUUGAUUUGGGAAUUGCUCUCAAAUACAGCCUCCAGGGUGUGUUGUUCGAUGACCAGUGGCAGGCACGUUCUAUGCUAUUUAUGCGGUACGUCACCGUGUGGCUUCUGAGGGUCGCAUCAGGCAAAAACUUCCCCAAGGAACAACUCAAGCUUCCUCUUCCAGAAACACAGCCAGAUAUCUUCCAAUGCCUGCCGGAGUAUUUCCUGGACGACAUUGUCAGCAAUUUCAAAUUCAUCAUGUGGUGCAUGCCACAGAUCAUAACUGCCACCCAGGGCGAUGAACUGGUCAUGCUGUGCAUCACGUUCCUUGAAAGCUCCGCCUAUAUCAAGAACCCCUACCUCAAGGCCGGUCUGAUCUCGAUCCUGUUCCGAGGCACCUGGAAACGCCCUGGUGGCGCCAGCGGUGUGUUGGUAGACCUGCUCAACUCGAUGCCGUUUGCCAACGAGCAUCUUCUCCAUUCCGUCAUGAAGUUCUACAUCGAGGCCGAGUUCACAGGAGCACACACUCAGUUCUACGAUAAGUUCAACAUUCGUUACGAGAUCUUCCAGAUCAUCAAGUGCAUCUGGCCAAACACCCUUUACCGCGAGAAGCUGUCCAUUCAAGCGAACCAGAACCUGGACUUUUUCGUUCGAUUUGUCAACCUUCUUCUCAACGACGUGACCUACGUGCUCGAUGAAUCAUUUGGCGCUUUCAAGACUAUUCACAGCACCCAGGCUGAGCUUAAAAACAACGGUGACACCAUGGACGACGCCACUCGCCAACAGCGACAAGAGCACCUCGCGUCAGCGCAGCGCAACGCAAAGAGCUACAUGCAGCUGACCAAUGAGACGGUCGCCAUGUUGAAGCUCUUUACCGAGGCGCUCGCCGAUUCUUUCACCAUGCCUGAGAUCGUGCAACGUCUCGCAGACAUGCUGGACUACAACUUGGACGCCAUGGUCGGCACCAAGAGUUUAAGCCUGCGCGUCGAGAACUUGCAGGAAUAUGGAUUCAACCCUCGUGCCCUUCUGAGUGAGAUCGUUGAUGUCUAUCUCAACCUGACUGGCAAAGAGAACUUCAUUCUGGCCGUUGCUCGUGAUGGUCGUUCUUACAAGCCAGCCAACUUUGACAAGGCAGCUGAAAUUAUUCGAAAGUGGUCGUUGAAGUCCCCCGAGCAGCUCCGCCGCUGGGCCCAGCUCCAGAAGAAGGUCGUUGCCGCGAAGGAAGCGGAUGAACAGGCGGAAGAGGAUCUCGGCGAAAUUCCCGAUGACUUCCUCGGUAGGGUCCCUGUCAUUAUCAACCCCGAACAAUUGCUGAUGAAUUUAGAUCCCCUUAUGUACACGCUCAUGGAAGAUCCAGUCAUCCUUCCUGGCUCACGGAUCUCGAUUGACCGUGCGACGAUUCAAGCUCAUCUCCUUAGCGACCCGCAUGACCCCUUCAACCGUGUCCCCCUGAAGAUGGAAGAUGUGGUUGCUGAUACCGAGCUCAAGGCCAAGAUCGAAGCCUUCAAGAACGAGAAAUUGGCUGGCAAACGCAGGGAAAUGGUACACCAACAGACUGACCAGAUGGACAUAUCAUCCUAG